GGAUACCACGGCACAACGUCAUUACACAUCCGGGUCGUGCGCAUUUCAAUACGGAAGCACUUGUUGUACGCGGAAAAUACACAUUGAAAUCUUCGAAAUGGCUACCGGAGCAGAUCAGUUUGUUGGAAUGGGCCUUGUUGGCUUUAGUUUGCUGCUUUUUACUUACUACACACUUUGGGUCAUUAUUCUGCCCUUUGUUGACAGUGACCAUUUGAUCCACAAUUAUUUCCUUCCACGGGAGUAUUCUGUCAUUCUUCCUGGAGUAGCAGCAUUGUUUCUGGUCCUCUGUGUUGGUACCUUCAUAGCCGUGGUGACCUGGAGAAACCGCAAACCCAAGAAGGUGGAGUAAGAGUCGAGAGUGAUUUGUGUCUGUCACAGCACAUUAAGCUCCUAUCAAAGGGGCACCUGGAUGCAGACCCAACACAGUGGACCACAAACACCAGAGAUCACAGAUGAAAAAGGGAUGCCAAAUCUCUGACUUUUUGAGCUUAGAUGAGCUGCUUGAAAUGGCCAAAGACUGGUGGAGAAAAAAAAAGAAGAGUUUGACAGAACGGCUUUAGCACUUGACCUCAUGUUCCCUCUGUCCACCCUCUGUUCACUUGGAUCCCUGACCUAAAUGCACUUGAAUAAAUGCAGCAUAAAC